AUGGUGCACUAAGACCUUUUGUCUUAGUGGUGUAAUUAAAUUUAAAUAGUUUUACGUAAUUAAAGGCAAAUGAAAAUGCAGAAAACAUUAAUGGAAAUUUAGUUUGCACAAAUGGGCUUUUAUUUACUAGCAAUACUUUCAUGAAUCAGUAAUCCCAAACAAAAACUGCUUUUAAAGAGUGUUUGACCUUUAAUGGUCUCUUAUUCUCCAAAACUCCCUCAAUGGGUUAUAAACUUAUGGGAUGAUUUACAAUAUUUGUCUAGAACCAAUUAUUUUCUCUAACUAAUAAUAAUAAAAAGAGCGGAAACGAAACAAAGGAAACAGUCAGGGUGUAGUUCAAACUUUGAGCGGUUGGCGGCGGCGCAUGUGAUUGGCUCUUAUUCCGCUCGUGAUGCUUUGAGUUGUCCAAUGAAAUACGAGUUUAUGGGUUUGGCCUAUUAAAAGAAGCAAUUAGAUAGGUUCCGUAUGUCUUUGAAAAUUAGCAUAGGACAGUGAAUAAAUGCCUCUGUAUCGGUUCUGACUACACAUUGCUUUGUGAAGUUUGUGUUCAAAAAGCGUUAUGCCUGAACCAGCAAAGUCCGCGCCUAAGAAGGGCUCCAAGAAGGCCGUCACGAAGACCGCCGGUAAGGGAGGAAAGAAGCGCAAGAGGUCCAGGAAGGAGAGCUACGCUAUCUAUGUCUACAAAGUCCUGAAGCAGGUUCAUCCUGACACCGGCAUCUCUUCCAAGGCGAUGGGCAUCAUGAACUCUUUCGUCAACGACAUCUUCGAGCGCAUCGCCGGUGAGUCGUCUCGUCUCGCUCACUACAACAAGCGCUCCACCAUCACUUCUAGAGAGAUCCAGACCGCUGUGCGUCUGCUGCUGCCCGGAGAGCUGGCCAAACACGCCGUGUCCGAGGGCACCAAGGCCGUCACCAAGUACACCAGCUCCAAGUAGAGAUUCAACCGAGACUCAGCGACCCAAAGGUUCUUUUAAGAGCCACCUAUUUUCUCGUUAAAGAGCUUAAAUUGUAGAGUAUUGCAAAGUAAUUGUUAACCCAUUGUGCCUAAAUGUUUCUGAAUGUUGAAUUUGUUUCAUGCAUAUAGUCCUGUUAAUAGUGUUCUAUGUGUUUAACUGAAAAUAACUGCUUUCAACAGAUGAAAGUUGAAGAACGUUUGAUGUGAACACACAAAAGUUGCAUCUAGCUUAUUUUUCGAAUAAUGAAAACACAACAAACAACAUCCGUUGAAGUGGUGGGGCAUAUGCAGAACAAAGUGCAGACAUUAAAAUGCUCCAACAGGGCACUGUAAAUCAAAAAGUUAAAUUACAUUGUUCAUUAGAAACAAUUACGUCUAUAUGUGACCCCGGACCACAAACCCAGUUAUAAGUCGCACGGGUAUAUUUGUAGCAAUAGCCAACAAUACAUUGUAUGUGUAAAAUUGUUGAUUGUUUUUCUUUAAUGACAAAAAUCAUUAGGAUAUUAAGUAAAGGUGUUCCAUU